GUUCAAAAUUUUGUACCAAGAAAAUUAAUUAAUUAGAUUAGAAGACCAUGUGAAAACUGAAAAACUUGUCUGGAUAUAAAAACGAAUCGGAAACAGCAAGCAGUACAACAAAUCAAGUCGGAUCUUUUAGCAUCGAAGAUCCGAACUAGAUUCGAAUUUGUGAUUAUAGAGAACAAUCUCUGUUCGGUGUGUUUGGGUGAACUCAGAAAAGACACCGAAUUCAUUCCGGCGAAUCACAUUCAGCAAAAUGGAUCCGCCGCCGGCACAAUUCCGGUGGCACAUAAUUCUCGCGGUGGUUCUCAUUUUAGCCACCAUUUCUCCUUCUAUUGCAAUCUACUGCGACGAAGACGAUUGCUAUGAUCUUCUCGGGGUUACUCAAAGUGCUAAUUCUUCAGAAAUCAAGAAAGCAUACUACAAACUCUCCUUGAAACAUCAUCCAGAUAAAAAUCCUGAUCCGGAAUCGCGAAAGAUUUUCGUUAAAAUCGCCAAUGCUUAUGAGAUUUUAAAGGAUGAGGCUACGCGAGAAAAAUACGAUUAUGCAAUUGCGCAUCCGGAGGAGGUGUUUUAUAAUACCGCGCAAUACUAUCGAGCGUACUAUGGUCACAAGACGGAUCCCCGUGCUGUAUUGGUUGGCCUUCUUCUUAUUCUUUCUGGUUUCCAAUAUCUAAAUCAAACAACAAGGUAUAAUCAGGCUGUGGCCAUGGUGAAGAAGACACCUGCUUAUAAAAAUAAACUAAGGGCGUUGGAACUUGAGCGCAGUGGUGGGAUUACAAAUAAGAAGAAGAGUCAAAAGAAUAAGGACAGAAAAGUGGAGGAAGACCUCAGUAAAGUAGAGGAAGAACUUGAUCUGCAGAUAUCAGGAACCGAAAGGCCCUCCAUAUGGAAACUCGUUGGCAUCCGCUUCAUUCUUUUACCUUAUACUUUAGGAAAGCUGCUGCUAUGGUCUGGCUGUUGGUUUUGGACAUACAGGGUGAAAAAGUGCCCUUAUUCUUGGGAAGAUGCUUCUUAUCUGACACAAAGGUCCCUUGGUCUUCAUGACGACAGAUGGAGAAGUAUAGAUGAUGCAACAAAGGAAGAUCUUGUGCUAAGAUGCUUAUGGGAGAAAUCAAAUAUGGAGAGCUACGUAACAGAGAUGCGGAAAGAAUCAAAGCGGAGAAGAUAGCUGUUAAAGUACCAAAAGAAGUAUUUUUGUUUUAUCUCUCCACAUGGACUGGUGCGAUUUAGGAGAUACUAUGAUACUUUAUAUGAUACUUUAUGAGUCUUGUCCGACUCAAAGUCGGCAUGUUUUUGAUUUAGAUGUAGCUGAAUCUACUAUGUCCAUGCUAGUUGCUUUGUAAUUCUUUUUUGGGACUUAGUCCCUCCAUUAUAUAAAAAAAAACAUAUAUAAUGAAACAUCCCGAUUUUCGUAACA